UGACUCAGAAAGUUGAAUGCCCCUCUCUCUGUCUCUCACAUCCGAUCAGUUACCCUGUAGAAUUUCCCCUCCACACCACGCCGCAGAGAAUUAGAACAUAUAUAGGGUUCUUUUAGCCUUUUCCCCCAAGGAACAAGACUGUGAAGCUCUGUUCACCCAAACAGAACAACCAUAAAAGGAAAGAAAUCAUCUGCUAGCAAAACUGCUUGACGACCAAAAGUAGCUUCUCAUCGGAUCGGUUUCUGAGCGGGAAUCACCCUCACCUUCUGACUCUUGUCUCUCGAAACGAUGGGACGAGGAAAGUUCAAGAACAAGCCCACUGGGAAGCGCCAGUUCUCCACUCCGGAGGAGAUGCUUGCUGGUACUUCUUCCCGUCCUCGCACUUUUAGAAAGCAAGAAGCUGAAUAUGAAGAGGAAGUAUCUGAGGAAGAAUCGGAAGAAGGAUCUGAAGAAGAGUCUGAAGGAAAUAAUGAACAGAAGCUGAAAGGCACUCAAGGUAUUAUUCAGAUUGAAAAUCCUAAUUUGGUAAAGCCAAAGUCCUUGAAAGCCAAAGAUAUUGAUUUGGGGAAAACAACUGAACUUUCAAGGCGUGAAAGAGAGGAGAUAGAGAAACAGAAAGCUCAUGAGCGAUAUAUGAAAUUGCAAGAACAGGGGAAAACAGAACAAGCUAAGAAAGAUUUAGAGCGUUUGUCCCUUAUUCGUCAACAAAGGGCAGAAGCUGCUAAAAAGCGAGAUGAAGAAAAAGCUGCCAAAGAACAGAAGAAGGCUGAAGCUCGCAAAUGACCUUCCUGGAGAAAAGUUGUGCUGCCCAAGAAAUAUAUGCUCUUUGUUUGACUUGCUAGUACAUUUAUAAUGAACAUUAUUAUUCCAUGUUGGCAAUUGUUUGUCCAAACAAUUGUUUUUAUUUUCUCAGAAUGCUGGGCAGUGGGCAUGUGGUAUCAUACAGAGUUUCUUCAAUAUCUAUAUUGGAUCUGCUUAUUUCAAA